UCCGUGUCAAAUAAUCCUCUUUGACUUGCCACGUACUGCACGUGAAACACGGCUAGUUUUUUUCUCCCAGAACACCGACAGACUUUCAGCUUAAAAAUGAAGUUUUUAGCUCUUUGCUUUCUUGCCGCGGCAUGUGCCGUCCAAGCAGUCGACGUUGAAACCGAGAAAGAUGUGGCUGUCUUGACAGAAACUGUCUUCGAUAACUUCAUCGCCGAAAAUGAAUUUGUCCUUGUUGAAUUUUAUGCCCCUUGGUGUGGACAUUGCAAAUCUCUUGAACCAGAAUAUGCCAGUGCUGCCCAAAAGCUCAAAGAAUCUGAAUCAGCCAUCAAGCUAGCCAAGGUAGACGCAACAGCGGAGACCAAACUAGCUGGAAAGUAUGGAGUCAGGGGGUACCCCACUCUCAAGUUCUUCAGGUCAGGACAGGACAGUGAUUAUUCAGGAGGAAGAACAGCUAAAGAGAUUGUUUCAUGGUUGAACAAAAAAACUGGACCUCCAGCACAGACACUUGCAUCUGCUGAGGAAGCAGAGGCUCUCCUUGAGAAUAAUGACGUUGCUGUCAUCGGUUUCUUCAAAGAAACUCCCAAGGCAUUCCUGGAUGUUGCUAUCAGCAUGGAUGAUGUACCAUUUGCAAUCACAUCUGAAGAUGCUGUGAUGUCAAAAUACGAAGCACAAGACGGUAGCAUCGUUCUUUUCAAAAAGUUUGAUGAGCUAAAGAAUGUGUUUGAAGGUGAGCUAACACAAGAGGAAUUGACCAGCUUUGUCACAAAGAACAGCCUUCCACUUGUUGUUGAGUUUGGAGAAGAGACUGCCAGCAAGAUCUUUGGUGGAGAGAUCAAAAUCCACAACCUACUCUUUGUCAAGAAGGACGCCGAUGAUUACAAGACCAUCUACGAUCAAUUUUAUGCUGCUGCUACCACCUUCAAAGGAAAGGUUCUGUUUGUGCUUAUUGAUGCUGCUGCUGAAGCUAACUCCAGGAUCCUAGAAUACUUUGGUCUUGGUGAUGAUGAGAUCCCCACCGUCCGUCUCAUCACCCUUGAUGGAGACAUGAAGAAAUACAAACCUGCUGUAACUGAACUCACCACAGAAACACUCACUCAGUUUGUAAAUGACUUCCAAGAUGGAAAACUCAAGGCUCAUUUGAUGUCGGAGUCUGUCCCAGAAGACUGGAAUGCCAACCCAGUAACUGUUCUUGUCGGAGAAAACUUUGCUGAAGUAGCCCUUGAUCCUGCUAAAGAUGUUUUAGUUGAAUUUUAUGCCCCAUGGUGUGGACAUUGUAAACAGCUUGCCCCUAUUUACGAAGAGCUCGGUGAAUAUUUCAAAGAUAACGAAAAUGUAGUUAUUGCCAAGAUGGAUGCAACUAAAAAUGAAGUUGAAGAAGCUACUGUCCGUAGCUUCCCCACAAUCAAGUUCUGGAAGAAAGAAACUAAUGAGGUUAUUGAUUAUAGUGGCGAUAGAACGUUUGAGGCAAUGAAACAGUUUGUUGAGUCAGGCGGUGAAAUUGUUGCCGAUGUUGAAGAUGAGGACAUGGAGGAGGAAGAGGAUGAGGAGGUUCCCCAGGACGAUCAAGCCAAGGAUGAACUUUAAACAAACAUAGUCACUUUUAGUCAUUUUUAUUUUCUUUGAAUAGGUUCAAUAGGCUUUUAGCUUCUGUGUCCAUCCCAAGUCUGCUGCCCAAUGCUUUCAUAGACCAACAAUACAAACCAUAGAAUCAACUUCCGCAACAUCAUUUCAUUUCAUGUGAAAACCUUGAUUUUGUUGAAAGAUUUAUUUUGCUUCUUUUUAUAUAUAUAUAUGUGUGUGGGUGUGGAAAAGGAAAAAGGGACAAUAUUGAUGAAUUAUCAAAAUGUAAAACAUGUGUUUUGUGAGCAUCUUUGUUGUUAAUAGAGGAUCAUAGUUAGAUAGCAAUGGGACUUUGAUAGAUGUCAUGAUGUCAGUAAGCACUUGCAGUUGGUGCAGGGUUCAGGUAUAUAAUCAUGUUGAUAAUAUGUUUAUAAUUUGCCCUAAGAAGUGGUCAUUGGUUAUGGUUUAUAUGGAAUACAUGUAUACUAGAAUGUGUGCUUCCGUUGAAAAAUGAUGUCGUACGAUUGUGGCAUGCAAUAUGUGUCUUGUUUUGAUUGUGUUGUAUUGUUUCAUUUGAUUUUUUUUUAAGUAGUGAACCUUGCAUCACAUGCUUGAAUAAAGAGGUACAGACUUGGGAUGGAACACACUUUCUAUCCUUCAUAGAUAAAACAUUCUGCUCUUUUUCAAUCAAUCUUCAUCCCAAAGUCAUUCCAUUUUAGUUUCUUUUGUCAUUAAGACACAUUUCAAUGAAUUGGCGGUUUGUUCUCGCAUGCCUCAACUGCAAUUCGGGGAUAACGAGCAUGUUUAUUAAAUUCGAUCUAGGUCCUGUUUCAUAAAGCUUGUUAUGACAGGAAAUUUGCUAUACCAGUUAAAAGCUACUGAAAUCAUUUGAUUUGAUUGGCUGGUAGUAAACUUGUUAUAGAAUGGUGCAUUUAUUAUUAUAUGAAAUGGGACCUUAGACUUUGUUCACUGAGGGACUUUCUGCCACUAGCAGGUGUUGUGGGCUUUUACAUGCAUUUGAAAUGGCAAAUAUAAUGAGUAUGAGGCACAAUGAGUCCCUUAUAGAACAAUGAAUUUGAUAUUAAUACCUGCUUUUAAUUCAAGCAAGAAUAAUUAUGCUGAAAACCUUAUUUUGAGGUAUAUUUAGGGGGGGUUUUACCCAUCAUUUUUGUGGCAUUAAUUUUAAUUCAUAUGUAUCGGGUGGAGUACUAACUAUGAGAUGAGAUAUUUCUGUAUAAUCAAUCACAGUGCCUAUUGGUGUAAGAAGCCUUGUUCACACACAGCAUCUGGUGGGCUCUGUAAUUCAAGCUUGCAAAUGAAAACAGGUUUCGUUGCAAGGAAACCACAUAAAACUAUUUAAGGGUGUAUGUUGAAAGGAGGUGAAAACCACAAGAGCUCAUCUCAAUUUGUUUCACUUUCACAGCAUUAUAAGAUGUAGGAUUGUGAAGUGGCGCUUGCAACGCAGUUCACACUAACAUUUGAAGUGUUUGUAUCUGCUGUAUUGAAUAGCUGUAUGAUCUGUUUUAUCAUCAAUGACAUUUGAUUUUAAAAGUAUUAAUUAUGACCAUGUAGCAUAUCUUAGGCCAUAGACCAUUCUUGUGUGUAUAAAUAUGCCCUUUCUAGAUAAUUUGCUUACGUUUUGAUCAAUGCGAUUUAGCACCCGUGAUGCUGUGUGUGAACAAUGUAAAUAAUCAUUUUUAUUUCUGUUAGAAGAUACUAACAAAUCUCAUGCAUGUUGAUCAGUAUUCACAUAAUUUGUCCAGAUAUUAUUUUGGUUAGGAUCAUUGUCACGCUGCCAUUACUUGCGAAAAAAUGAGUAGAAAGUAAUUUAUGCAUUCUUAAAGGAACACAAAUGUUAAUUCUGGGAAGGUUGUCACCUUCAGAGAGAUAUAAGUGAUUUUCAGAAUAUAUUUUGAUGAAUCAAACUCUUAACUUCCUUUACCUUUAAAGUAGUGUAAAUUGAAGUAAUCUUUAUUUAAAAAACAAAUAUAUAUAUAUAUUUAAUUUGUGUGUAGUUCAUUGUGACGACACUGCUUCAAAGCUGUUUUAUGCAGUUUCAAAAGGGGCAAACACUGCCCCAUGUAUCAUGCAAGUUUUACAUACCAAGUAUGUUUCCUAAACAUUUUAUAUUUCAUGACUUGAUAUGAUUAUGUAUCAUGUUUCCUUUUUGAAAGUUGAUCGCCUUUCCUUUGAAAGGAGGACUUCCCUUUGGUUUCUUUUUUUGAAACAUUUUUAUCUUCUGUGUUUUGUUCAUAAGGGUCAUUCUUGGUUUGAUUACCUCCCUAAUUAAAAAAAAAAGUAAAAUUUAA